ACUCUUUGUCUUUUCGAAUCCCGCUAUUCAAUAGUAACGCUUCUUGCCUAAAGUCGGCGUUAACUAACUCCGUCAUAAAACGUGGGUUUUCCGUUUCGGUUUCGAUUUCUGGAGAAUCUCUCUCUCUCUCUUUUUAUGGUAACUUCAGAGGUUCGAUGCUCGACUUCAACAAAAUGAUAUAUUUCGAUUUUGGACAACAGCAAUUCGAUGUUUACGGAUCUGUCCUCAUAAGCUCUCUGACAAGUUCUUAGAUUCUAUUUUUAACCCAUCAGUCAGUCAAACCGUUGAAUGAUUCUCAUCGACCAAAGCAAAGUGGUUUUAAGUAGGUUUCACUUUCCAACACUCUUUUUAUCUUCUCUCUUACAAACAAACUAUACAUACAUACACCAAAUGAAGAAGCUUUUCUUUUUCAAAUCGUCAUCUGGUAAUAACGCCACUGAUAAACAUAUCCUCCGGGAAAAAGAAUCAGAAACUAGUCCAAAGAGUGGUGGUGGUGGCCACGCUCUUAGACGAAGCCGUUCACUUUCUUCCGCUGCUUUCCUCCUUGAUGGAACCUCCUCAACUGGUACUAGAAGCAGUCGACAACAAACUCAUUCAUCUCGUUUCAGGUGUUUUACACCGGAAAGCCAAGGAGAACAUGGUCGCAUGUACAAUGAUUCAUCUCCAAGUUUGUCAUCAACUUGUUCUAGUAAUGUAUUGGACCGUUUCAUUGAUGGAGAAGAUCAUCAUAGUAAGCCAAAGAGUGGUUCUUCUUCACACAGUAAUCAUCACUCAGGGAGUGUCAAAGGAAGGAGGCUCCCACCUCGAGUUCAUACCCCUUCACCACUAUCAGAUCAUGUCCAAGAAAAUUGCAUGAAAGAUGCAUCAGCUCGUUCACUUUCAAGAAGCGUUGUUGAAAGACUCUCUCAUAAUAAUACUCACGGAGAGUCAAAGGCGUUGAGUUAUGACUCGAAAGAACCGAUGAGUGGAUAUUACAGGAAUGAUCACCACGGAGAGGAGCAAGAGUCGUUCUUGGACGGUGAGAACAUGCAUGUGGGCACUAAUCAUGUCUGUAAAGAAGGGGAGCUAGAGAAGAAGUAUAAAGAAGCUGAGAAGAGAGUGAAGCUGCUUUCUCAAGACCUGAAAGACCACAAGUUUCUUUCAGGCUGUGACUUUGAUGUAUCAUCUUUGGUUGAUGAGGAGAAGAUAGGUUUGGCUCUAGAAGUCUUAACUCUUCUUCGGUCACAAAUGGAUGAGAGUGCUUCCGCUAAGGAAGAAAUCAAACGAGCAAAGACUGAUUCGGAGUUGCAUGUAAAGAGACUAGAGAAAGAGAAGAGCGAAUUACAGUUUGAACUUGAAAAACAGCUUGAUAGAAGGUCAAUGGAGUGGACUUCAAAGCUGGAGAGUUUCCAGAUGGAGGAGAAGAGGCUGAGAGAGCGUGUCCGAGAGCUCGCUGAGCAUAACGUCUCGCUCCAGAGAGAAGUAUCAACAUUCCAUGAAAAGGAAACUGAGCGCAUCGAUAUGAUGCGAAACAUGGAGGAGAAAGUUAAUGAGCUGAGUGAAACAGUAGAGGAAACGCGUGGAGAAAACGAGUAUCUGAAGCAAAACCUCUCCAAGUUACAAGAGAGUUACAAUGGUACGACAGAAGAGCUUGAUUGUGUAAGAAGAAACUUUGAAGCCAAGGAGAUGGAAUGCAAGGAGUUGCACAAAUCUGUUACGAGGUUGGUAAGAACCUGUGGGGAACAAGAGAAGACGAUUACGGGACUUAGAGAUAGUCUCUCCAAGCAACCGUUAGAGAAACAUGAAGAGAUGGUGAAGGGAUUGCAGAUGGAGCAGAUUAGGCUGACAGGGGUUGAGUUCUCACUCAGAAAGGAGGUGGAGUCGAUGGAGAUCGAAGCUGAUUCGCUACGUGCUGAGAAUGUUUGUUUGCGGGGCUAUGACACUAUGACAACUUUCAAGCUAGACAAUGAGAUGAAGAUGCGUGUAGGACUCUUGCAAGACCAAGGGGUUUUGAUGUUAAGUGAGACCACGCAGCUAUGUUACAAGCUGCUCAAGUUCAUCAGAGAGAGAUUAUCUGAGGACAUGCAUAAUAAUGGAUUGAGUGAGCAGUUUCUGAUUGAAUCUGAGAUGAAUGUCCACGGAAUACGGCGUGGAACCGAAAGCCUCAAGAGGAGUUUGCAGACAGUCAACAGUUUAUUGCUUGAGAAAGCCAAUGAGAUUGUGUCAAACUCAGAAUCACCGAUGUCUACUGAGACAAACAACCUAUCAGUAGAGAAACUUCUGAGAGCUGAACUUAGAGCAGAGACUCUAGUUACGAGUUUGUUAAGAGAGAAACUGUAUUCCAAGGAGCAAGAGAUCGAACAGCUGCAAGCAGAAGUAGCAGCAGGUGUACGAGGUAACGAAGUUCUCCAACGUGAAAUCCAGAACGUCUUAGACAGCCUAUCAAUAAACACACACCAAUUAAAAGACCUCAAGAUUCAGAUGGUGAAGAAGGAAGAGAACGUGAAGCGGCUUGAAGCCAAUCUCCAAGAAGCUGCUAAACAAUUGGCUAGCAUGAAAGUUACAUUACCAAAAGUGUUGGAGGAAAGAGAAGAGAUGUGCAAGGAAGUGAAUGACUGCAGAAAGAGAAACAUGGAUUUGGAAUCAGAGAAGGAGAUGUUGAAGAAAGAGGUGGAGAGAUUGGAGGAGGACACACUCCUCAAGGAAGGUCAGAUCACGAUACUAAAAGACACGCUUGGAAGCAAGCAUUUUGAUCUCCUCUCCAGUCCCGACUUCUCAUAUAACGAGUUCUUAGUCCAAUAAGACAAGAUAAUAGAUGUAUAGGCUUAUGUUCUUUCUUUUCUUUGGGCCUUAUAGAUUUGAUAUACAUGCUUUCUCAAACUUUUUGAUAGCUAAUAAGAUUCACCCUUUGUGA